ACAUUUCCCAGCAUGCAUGAAAGGCAAUCGUAUAAGAUCUAUAACCAUAGGGAUGGGCCUGUCUGCAUCCAUCUGCGCUUGACACCGACCCAUGUAUCGUUAUGAGAUCUGAUCUGUUACGCAAACGUAGUGACUGGAAAUACACUGGUGACACACUGCAAGUGAGUUUCGGGUAGACUGAGCUGCGCGGCAAAAGAAGGGGUACACAAACAAAAACAUGUGGCUGAGGCUAUGAGGAAACGGUUUUGCAGGUGAGGAGAACAACUGACUUGUGAGUGACAGCAGACACCAUGGGAUUGCAUUCAGCCCAGAAGAAGCACUUUCCCCUUCGGGGGAUUGAUGGUGUGGUUCAGCUGUUUGAUGCUGAACUCCGCAAGUCUGAGCCAGACCUAGCCCUUCUUUCCUUGGUCCUGGGUUUUGUCGAGCACUUCCUGGCUGUGAACAGAGUCAUUCCCAUAAAUGUUCCAGGAGUACAGUUUGAACCACUGGAGCCAGACUGUCCCAACUCCUGCUUCCCCACAGUGGAACUGGGCAUGAUCUCUGCACUGUACGAGCGCUUCACGGCCCAGAUCCGUGGUGCGGUGGACUUGUCCCAGUACCGGAGAACUGCUGCAGGGUCCAGCAGGGAACUAGUGAAGAAAGUGUCAGAUGUGAUCUGGAACAGUCUCAGCCGCUCCUAUUUUAAGGACCGUGCACACAUUCAGUCCCUCUUCAGUCUCAUCACUGGUACCAAACUGGACAGCUCUGGGGUGGCAUUUGCGGUGGUGGCAGCCUGCCAGGUUCUGGGUCUGAAGGAUGUCCACCUGGCACUGUCUGAGGAUCACGCCUGGGUGAUUUUUGGCAAAAACAGCGAAGAGACAGCAGAAGUCACCUGGCAUGGAAAGGGUAACGAGGACCGACGAGGACAAACAGUCACAGCAGGAGUCAGUGAGAAAAGCUGGCUGUACCUGAAGGGCUCCUACAUGAAAUGUGACAGAAACAUGGAGGUGGCCUUCAUGGUUUGUGCCAUCAACCCCUCACUGGACCUGCAUACUGACAGCUCAGAGCUCCUGCAGCUACAACAGAAGCUCCUGUGGCUGCUAUAUGAACGAGGCGACCUGGACAGGUAUCCGAUGGCCAUGGGCACUCUGGCAGACCUUGAGGAUCAGGAUCCAAUCCCAGGCAAGGAGAGCCCCUUGAAAAUCCAUCUUAAAGCUGUAAAUUCUGCUCAGAAGCACUACAACAACGAGCACAUCUACCCUUACAUGUACCUGGCCGGUUUCCACUAUAGACACAGGGAUGUGCGGGAGGCUCUGGGGGCCUGGGCCGAGGCAGCUCAGGUCAUGCAGGACUAUAACUAUUUCCGUGAGGAUGAGGAGAUCUACAAAGAGUUCUUUGACAUUGCAAAUGAUGUUAUCCCCACUUUGCUAAAGGAGACCUCUGCUGCUGCAGAGAGUCCUGGGGAGGGAGGGGAGGGAGGAGAAGGACCUGACAAGGAGCACCCCAAACAGGCAGCAGCCUUCUCAGCACUCCAGGACCCAGAAUGCUUUGCCCACCUGCUCCGUUUUUAUGAUGGCAUCUGCAAAUGGGAGGAGGGCAGUCCCACACCGGUCCUUCAUGUGGGCUGGGCCACCUACCUGGUUCAGUCUCUGAGCCGCUUUGAUGCUCAGGUGCGUCAGAGGGUGUCGAUCAUCACCAAAGACUCAGAGACCCAGGAUGAUGAUGACCAGUCUAGCGAUGACCCCCGGGAGGGCCGCAGACGAGGACCCAGGAGAGAAUCUAAGCUGGAGGAACAGAACUCUCCUCCUCCUGCUGCUCCUACUUCCCCAUCCACCCAGCCAGCAGCAGCAUCUCAGCCCAAGAAGGUGGGAGAGGGAGGGGGCCGCCGCCGCUCCUCCCAGGGCCUGCGGGGAGAUGCUGAGGGAAAACCUCAGUCCCCUAGCCUGGACUCUGCAUCCUCACCUUCAUCCCAGCAGCAGGUGUCCCCUUCCCCGCCCGGACCAGUCGUCAUCUUUCAGAGUGAGAAGAUGAAGGGGAUGAAGGAGCUGCUGUGUGCAGCCAAGGUGAACUCCAGUGCUAUCAAGCUGCAGCUCACCGCCCAGUCACAGGUCCAGAUGAAGAGACAGAAGAGCACACCAGCCGGGGAUUACUCCAUGUCCUUCAUGAAGCGGCAGCGCAAGUCGCUCUAGACACGUUGAUUGUUGUGGAGGAGUUUGGAGAUCUGUAUGACAUACUGUGAACAGCAACACGAACCCUCGAUUAACCUUGCUUUUGUUUGUGAGACUUUAUAUCAGUGUUUUCAGCCAGAGGUCUUUUUAAGUCAAUAUUGUCAUAGUUCCUAGCAAUAUAUUCAACUUUCACAGAUAAUCUUGAGUUUAACGUCACAUAUCAGGUUUGAACUGAAGAAAGUUUCAUUCUGUUUUUAAAAAAAUUCCUGCUUUCAUAGAUUGUAACCUUCACUCAUCAUUAAUUUGUUUUCAUUGGCAGCCGAUUGCACAGUAUGACUUACAUGUGGAUGUUUCAGGCCAAAGUAAUGAGGAUGACCAGAAUUUAAUAUACAAAUGUAUAAAUAUCGACUUGUACCAUUAGGAACUUGUUCAUGACUGAAGCCUUGGAAGUAAUUAAUUUAGGAUAGUUACUGUGUAACAGUGUCCACUUCUUCUCUAACGACAGCUUCUUUUUUGCUAGCUCUAUGUUGCCUUAUUUUGCCUUUGUUCGUUUUUAAAGUAGGCGGCCUUUAAUUUUGAGAAUAGCUGAGCUAGGCCUAUUUCGGAUGGUUAGAGAAGACCAGGAAGACCAUGCACUGUUGAGAUGGAGCCACAUUAGGUGGCCCUGAUGUGUUUUAUUUGAUGACUUGUGGUUUUGUUCUUGUUUUGUAUCUGCAAGUAAUAAAGAACUGAUGAAC